AUCUUGAAGUUCGCGCUACGAUUACCAGGUGGAGAGUGGCGAAGAAACAGCGAAUCAUUUGGCCACUGCUUUAGAUGAACAGAGCAAAGGAACACAAGGCGACGUGAUUAGCUCUAGUUCUCUAGUGGAAGCGAUAAAGGUCUUUACAAAUCAAAGACAUGGGUAUCCUUCCGCUUAUCUCCCUCGUCGUUGUAUCCAUAGCGACGGCGUCUGCGUCAGUCGUGAACACAACCGUUGGAGAAGUUAGGGGACAAGAAAACACAAAUGUUGGAAUAGAAACUUUCCUGGGAAUUCCCUACGCCGAGGCUCCAGAAGGGGACCUUCGGUUUAAGCCUCCGGUCAGGAAAUCCCGAAUGGAUGGAGUGUUCAAUGCCGUUAGUAACGAGUUUAUCUGUCCUCAGCAGACGGAUUUUACGUCUCUUACACUAAACCUGAACAUGACGGAGGACUGUUUAAGGCUGGACAUUUACAGACCGCUGCAAUCAUCCAAAGCCAACCAGCUGCCGGUCAUGGUUUGGAUACACGGUGGAGCGUAUAUCAUUGGAGACAGUCAAACGUACAACGGGAACUCGCUUGCGGGAAUGUACGGCGUCGUCGUUGUUGUCAUCAACUAUCGCCUGGGCGUACUAGGAUUCCUCGACACUUUGGACGAACACUCCAUCGGAAACUUUGGUCUGAGAGACCAGUGUUCUGCCUUGGAAUGGGUCAGCGACAACAUCGAAGAAUUUGGCGGAAAUUUCAGCAGUGUUACCAUUUUUGGCGAGAGCGCGGGAUCUGCUUCCGUGAUCCAACUGGCGAUCUCUUCGCUGUGUCACGGAAAGUUUAGCAAAAUAAUCGCCCAAAGCGGGUCAGCCUGGGCACCGUGGAGUCACAACAGAAACCCUCUGAAGAUCGCCAAAGACCUUGCCGUCAAAACAGGAUGUCCCACAGAAACUGGCGCCAUGGUGACCUGUUUGAGGGAAAAACCAUUCCAGGACUUGAUAGCAGCUCAAGCAUUGCAGUUGGCAGAGCCCUCUUUGGGACUUUUUAACCCAUCGUACAGAAGAGACGUUUUUCCAGAAAACCCAAUGGACAUGGUUAAAAACCCCGAAUCCUCUGAACCCAUCAGGCGGUUUCGAUCCUUAGAUCUGAUGAUUGGAAUAAUGAAGGAAGAAGGAGAGUCUUCGAUCAACUUCGAACUGACGGGCAAGUUUGAUGGCGUGAUAGCCAAUCUCUCCUCGGGAAUUAUGUCUGACAAUUCUCAAGAAGAGAGGAUAAGCACAACUCUGAGGCGUCUCCUCACACAAGACGAAGACGUCAUUCGAAAACUUCUUCCCACGAUGAAAUAUCAGUACACCGACUGGAAAAAUAGAGAAAAUCCUUUCGCAAAUACCCGGAUGGCCGCCCGUUUUGAAGGAGAUAUAAAUUUCGUGGUGAGUAUUGUCCAAGCGGCUCGGCUCCACGCAGGCCCAGUGACCCCAUCGCAAGAAGACAGACGAUCAGAAAACACCUUUUUCUAUCAGUUCCUCCACAAAAGUUCUUUCUUACCUGUCUAUCCAUGGACGGAUGGCGGCACCCAUUUUGAAGAUGUCCCUUAUGUCUUCGGGUACACAACUCAAGUUUAUAAUGGAACCGCGGACGAAGAGGCGCUAUCUCGUGCCGUUAUGGAAUACUGGACGAACUUCGCUAAAUCAGGAAACCCGAACUUACCAAGCAAAAAGUAUAUCCAAACAACAUGGCCGACAUUCGACGCAGAGAUGGAGAAAUUCGUUCAGCUCGAGGUCAACAUGUCACCUAAUUCAACAUCCACCUUCCCGUAUGCUCGGCGAGUGGCAUUCUGGGAGGAGCUGGUACCGGCGCAGAUAAAAUCUAUUGAGGAUUUUAAGAAAGAAUUAAAAGAAUCAGAAGAAAAAGAAAAGGAAAAGUGUAAACCGCCUAACACAGCUAACGCUCUUGCGGGUGGAAUCUUAUGUGUCUAUCUGCUGCCACUGGUCUUAUAUUCUGUGAUAUUUGGUUUUUACACACAGGUACUUUUUUAACAGUAAAACUUUCAUUUCUGUUAAUUUUCUAUGUAUUUUCUGUAAGAUUUUCAUUAUGUGUACUCAGAAACAAUGGUUUCCUGAAACCUGAAGUAUAACCUUUGUGGGUGUAGGCAGUAAGUAUAGUCACCGUACACUGUAUCUGUAUCAGUGAUAUCCAUGAUACAGGAUUUACGGUCAAGUUUUUACAUGUUUUUUUCUUUUUCUGUGCAUGUCCUGAAAACUGAAACAAAGAUACAACUUUCAGAUUUUGGCAGCUGCUUUAUCUUGUUGAUUUUUCCUUUAAACUGAUAUUUUUUUUUCGCUGAAGUCUGGUACCUUCCUUUAGUACAUGUACUCGUGGGCGUCAGCAAAAAUGUUUUGUAUACUUAUAGUCUCAACAGUUUUCAACGGCGCUAUGAAAUCCACUGAAAUCUGCUAAUAAUACCCCGAUUUCACAAGGCACUGUUACCAAUAUUUCCAUUUUGUCAACUUAGAAUAUUUGCCUUUUUUAAACGAAAAUCUACCGUGGAGGAAGCUUUAUUAACUAUAU